UGGUGCAGAUUGUGUGCAGUGCUGUAGCUUAUGAGCGACAGGGAGGACACUAGAGAGGACGACUGGAUCAUGCGAUCGGCUAGACACCCGAUUGCCCACUUGGCAUUAGGACCAGAGGGCGACAGAUACUUGUUCCGUCAGCGUAGGGAGAGACUGCAGCAGCAGAGGAGGGCUAGAGCAGCGGAGGCUAGCAGGGCGCUCGUAAGUGAAGCCGCAGCUUCGGAAGCAAUGGCUACCUCUGCGCAGCAGACUUCUCAGGCGGGUAGUUCAGGAUCUGCAGGGUCAACAAGUUCUGCAGGGUCUACCAGCUUUAUAGGAUCAACAGGCUCUAUAGGGUCAAUGGUUGUGCAGUUUUUGAGUCAGUCCGCUGGCGUUAUGGCAAGCCAGCCAUUAGUGACGACUCCCGAGGAGUUCCCCAUACAGCGAGCUGCUGCUCGCGAGGCACAGCUACAGCAGGCUUUGGGAGAGAUUAAGGCAGAGAAAGAGAGAAUGAUUAGGAGAAGAGCCAGGAUGCAGCGGAGGCAAGAGGACGUCAAUUAGCUGUGCUUACAAGGGCAAGUGCAAUGCCUGAGUCGACCUGUGGAGUCGACCUGUGCCAACAAACCGCGCAUGGUAGUCAACGACUACCUCCAGGAUGUUGAGUGUUGUUUCCCGUCCGCGGGAGGGGAAUUGAGACAUCGCGUCUCGUUCCUAGUGAGUGACGAACUCCCCAUGGAUAUGUUGUUAGGUAUGUACUACCUCUCUGUGGCACAGCCCCAGUUUGACUGGGACCGAAGAGUGGUCAAACACACUUUGCCAGGUGGAGGGACCGCCAGAUUGCGUAAGUUCAAAGCUAGUAGUCUGAUUGAGUCCCACGGAUGCAUGUGUGCGGCCGCGUUCUAUAAUUAUUAUAAGCAAAAUCAGGAGGAGGGUAUGUACCUAGUUUAUGUCCUUGCUGCAGGCGAGCCGGUGAAAAUGUCGCCGGAGAUAGAGGGAGUAGUUGCUAAGUAUCCUGAUCUAUUUGAAGAGCCGACAGGGGUUGUUGAGAAGGAGGUCGUCCACGCGAUAGAGAUUAUCCCAGGGUCUAGUAUCCCAAAGGGUAGGAUCUAUCGGAUGUCUCCAGGCGAGCUCGAUGAGCUUUGCCGGCAACUCAAGGAAUUCGUAGAGAAGGGUUGGAUCCGGCCGAGUGUUUCUCCUUAUGGGUCUCCAGUACUAUUCGUACCUAAGAAGAAGGAGGGAACACUUAGGAUGUGCAUUGACUAUAGGGGCCUCAAUGCCAUCACUGUUAAGAACAGAGAGCCCCUACCGCGCAUCGAAGAUUUGCUAGAUAGAGUGCAAGGAUGUCGGUACUUCAGUAAGAUAGAUCUGAAGUCCGGGUACCAUCAGAUUGCAAUCCGGCCCGAGGAUCAACACAAAACCGCAUUUCAGACCAGGUACGGUCUGUACGAGUUUGUGGUGAUGCCUUUCGGUUUAUGCAAUGGUCCUGGCACCUUUCAGCACGCUAUGAAUCGGAUCUUUCAUGACUACUUGGAUAAGUUUGUCAUCGUGUACCUCGAUGACAUACUUAUUUUUAGUAAGACUGUCGAGGAGCACGUUGCGCACUUGGACAAAGUCCUGAGUCUUCUGCGACAGCACAAGUUCAAUAUCAACGGUGAGAAGUGCAAGUUUGGCUGCACCCGUGUCUUGUACUUGGGUCAUGAGAUUUUCGUGGAGGGAUUGAAGCCCGAUGACGCGAAGGUGGCCAGCAUUCAUGACUGGCCGCGUCCUCAAUCUGUGACUGAGAUGAGGUCUUUCUUAGGGAUGACCAGCUACUAUCGCAACUUCGUGAAGAACUAUAGCAUAGUUGCCGCCCCUUUGACUGAUUUGGCCCGCCUUGACACCCCAUGGGAGUGGACUGAGAGAUGCGAGGCUGCUUUCAAAUAUCUGAAGCAUGCGUUGACGCAUUAUGAAGUCUUGAAACUUCCUGAUCCUGACAAGCCAUUUAUAGUGACUACGGAUGCUAGCCAAUAUGGCAUAGGCGCCGUACUUGCACAACAGGAGGCGGAAAAGUUGAGGCCAGUUGAAUACAUGUCCAAGAAAAUGUCGUCUCAUAAGUUGGCUCACCUAUGCGAAGGAACUCUAUGCGGACAUUUUGGGUUCAAGAAGACUGCGGCUAAUCUGCUGCAGCGGUUCUGGUGGCCCACAUUGAUGAGAGAUGCUAAGUUGCCUGGUGAGAGCCUGUCCAUGGACUUCAUGGAUACGCUGGUCACCAGCAAGAGUGGAAUGCGCUACAUCUACGUCAUUGUGGAUAGGUUUAGUAAGUUUGCUAGGUUAGUUGCAAUGUCGACAACAACUAAGACGGAGUAUGUGAUUAAAAUGUUUAAAGAGAAUUGGGUUAGAGAUUUUGGAUUGCCAAAGUCUAUCGUUAGCGACCGGGACGUGCGAUUUACCAGCGAAUUGUGGAAAGCAACAACUGCAGAGCAAGGCACGCAACUGCAGAUGACAUCAGGCAAUCAUCCUGAGGCAAACGGGCAGGCUGAACAAAUGAACCGCGCUGUACAACACCUGCUAAGGCAUUACAUCAAGCCAAAUCAGGUAGAUUGGGAUGAGAAACUUGCUCUCAUCGCCAGUUUGUACAAUAAUGUUGUGCACAACGCAACCAGAGUCAGUCCUAAUAGCUUGCUACUGACCUUCAGACCCCGACUGCCUUUAGACUUUCUACUACUUGACAAUCAGCCGACUGCUGCACCAGGGACUCUAGAGUUUGCGUAUAGAUAUGAGCACUUGAUGCAGCAGGCUGUUGAGCAGAUGCACAAAGCACAGGCGGUCAUGGUAGAGUCUGAGAACAAGCACCGCCGCCCAUCUACAUUCCAGGUAGGGGAAAGAGUCUGGGUGAAGUCCUCCGAACUGAGACAAGAGUACGGGAUAUCCCGUAAACUCAUGCCACAGUACUUUGGACCAUGGGAGGUAUUCGAUGUCGUGGGGAAUGAACCGGAUGGCCCGUCUUAUGUUAUUCCCAUCCCUGGUCACUUACGCACUUAACUGUCUUUCACGCCUCCAAGCUUGCACCUUUCAAGGAAACAGCUCAGUUUCCUUCUCGACGCUCAAUGCUGCCCCCAACCAUGGAUGGAGAGGUGGACAUAGACCCAGGGAGCUUCCCAUUCCAAGACCGAUAGGCAGGGGACGUCCUCCGAAACCGAAGCUGCAGUACCAAGUUCGGUUCCGACAUCAUCUGGAUCCAAAGGAGGACCGCUGGUUCACUAGGGAGGAACUCAUGCAGACCGCUCCUCAGAUCAUAGCUCAAUAUGAG